UAAGCACGCGACUCAAGCUCCCCACAGACCCGUUCGUUGCCUUCAGCGCGGACAACCCUAUCAUUCCUCAAUCACAUAUUUACUCAACUCCAACCUACUACGUCUGGAGACAACUGCGAUUUAACUCACCUUGUACGGCAUCGGCGCCUGCAUCAGAACCCCUCGAACACAGAAUCAUAUUCACACCUCAACAACUUUCUCGCCCCUCGGCGCAAGACCGAUCAUGGUAGCCACACGAGCGGCAUCCCGAAAACUUCAAACCGCCGUGGCUUCCCCUCCCCCGGCGAAUACCCUCAAAGCGCCCCCGAAGCGAGCCACAAGGAAAAAGGCAGCGCCUCCAGCGGACACCGAGGCAGAAUCCAAGCAUGCUGCAAGCAAAACCACCAAGCCCACAACCAAGCACGAGCCCGUCCCCGCGCCAAAGUCUACAUCCAGAACAACGAAGCCUACGAAGAGAUCAGAGGCAGCGUCUGAUCUCAGCAAGACUGCUCAGAAAGCGGAAUCGGUGACGCGCACGAGGAGGACUACAGUCAAGGCUAAGCCAGAGGCGGGCAACAAGAAAGUAAACUCCGAAGCUGAACCUUCCCUAGAGGGUAGGCAGAAUGUUCCGAAGCGAAAGACAACCACAAGAACGACAAGAACCAAGAAAGAAGUAGAACUUCCCCAUCGCCCAACCAGGUCGACAUCAAAUAAGGCAUCUUCCCGAAAGACCGUGGCAAUCGCACCUCCUGAUACUCAGCUUGGCAAUACGAACAACGGGGAUGAUGAUAGCGCACCCACGCCGAACAUCCCCGAGGGAGCAACAGUGGAACAAGAGGCGGCAUUACAACAGCCGGAGAGGCCAAGUGGACGAAGCUCAGUGACUUAUGAUGGUGCACCGGAGCAAGACGAACUGAGUAUGGACGUGGAGAAUCUUGUCCCCCAGCAACCAACCACCGCGUGCAGCGAUGCUACGGAGCCAGAAGUUAUAACAGCGGCUCACGACGAUGAAGAGGAGAACGGGGGUCGUCCCGACGAGGAACCCGCUUGCACAGAUCCAGAAGAACCUUCGAAGCGAGAUGCGAUUGAUGACGGUGUCAUUAUUGCUGAGCAAGAUGUCAACCUCCUUGCAGACGAUGCCGCAAACCCAGACGCCGCCAGUAGUUUCGAUGCCGCAGAGGAGGAACAUAUUGGGACCGAGGAAUUUAUAGCAACCAAGAAUACGACGACCCCGAAUGAAGUUGAGGGAACCAACGGACGCACGGACGAGGAAGGAGUCAGGCUGGAACAAGCAAGUGUUGAAGAGGGAAAUGCAGCGGUCCGGCUAUCCGGCGAGUCCGAUACCUGGUCGAUUGAUUCUGCUGCCCAGACAGUUGUCACCUUGUGUGACUUGCCGGAAGGUGAUGGCUCCACAGCAGAUGCCCAAUUAGUUCGAGAGGACGUAAUUUGCCCCGAGAAGCUAUUCUUGAACCCAGAUACUGCACGAGAGACCCCAACAUUGGAGCCGAUGCCGUUGGAGGUCUCUAAAUGCAAUCAUGAAUCGAAAGCGGGCAAAGACGACGAAUCAUUGCGCCAUCCCCCUUCCAGCCAGAGCCACAGUCUUCCCAAGGAUGGAAUAGGCGAAAAUGCAGCCAGGAAGAUGGCCUUGACUCACCUCCCACGGCCUGUGCUAGCAAUCUCGGCAAUCGCUGCCAUGCCGCUAUCAGAAUCUCCCAUCAAGUCAGCACUGCGCUCUCCAGUCAAGCUUGACACGAGCCCAAAGAAAAAGACAGUGACAUUCAACGCGCCUCAAAGCCAGACUGUGGAUACUUCACUGCUGGUUUCUGAUGGUCCUCUCAGUGAGACCACCUUCUUCCUAGACAUCCGCUCAAGGGGAAGGAUUGAAAACCACGUGUUCGCUGGCUUGCUAGAAGACUUGGGAGCUCGAGUGAUUUCCACAUGGGAAAGCCAUCGUCCAAACCCUACUCACGUUCUCUUCAAGGAUGGCCUGCUGGAGACCCUGGAGAAAGUAGUGGCGACAAAGGGAGCAGUAAAAUGCGUCAACGUCGGCUUCGCUCUGGACUGUGAGAAGCACAACAAAAGAAUGGAUGAAUCGGACUAUCUUGUCAACCUCGAGCCUGCCAGGCCGAAGACGCCUUCACCCAUCAGGCGACGCUUUGCCUUCACACCGGCACGCACUCCCUCCCAGUUCUUUCACUCGCAGACGCCCAGCACUGUGCUCAGCACACCAACGACUCCCAAUAGCUCCGAGUGGGAACGAUCAAUCAUCUACGAUGAAUAUGUGGAUAAGGAAAAUGCCACCUCUCUUUCGCCGCCCAAAGGAGCUCCGCGCUCAUGCCCCCCUAAAAGGCAGGUCAUGUCAAGUUGGCUAAAGCAAAGCCCAAUCAAGCCGGCCACCGUCGUGCGACCGUUGGCUGCUUCCGCUCGCAAGCGCAGGUUCGAGAGUUUUGGUGGCAUCACUAUGGCUGCCCCGAAGAAACUUCGGUUCGACUAGGAAUACUUCUUGGUAUCUCCUUCUAGUUCUAGCAUGGCGAUGGCGUUCGGACACGGUCUGGUGGGCGAUAUCUUUCCUUUAGGCGAAUGUGGCUUUUGUCGAGCGGAUUGGGGUAUGCAUUGGUGUCGAAUACUUUUG